AUGCCUCCUAAACGCAAAAGAGGACGGCCACGUCAUAAAUUAUCUCAGCCAUUAAACUCAAGGCAAAAUUUAGUUUUUGAGAAUGACAUCGAAGUGUCGGAAAAUCUGAGCAAAGAAGUUAUGGAAUAUAUUUGCUCCUAUUGUAAGAAAUCCUUUAAGAAGAGGCAAUAUUUGAUUGCGCAUGUCAAUAGCUGUGGGAAUGAUACAUUACAUGAAGAGAAGCCUAAAUUACACUGUCCUAAAUGCUCUAAAGUAUUUGUGUUUAAGAAGAGCUAUAAAAAACAUGUUGAAAAUGAGCAUUAUGAAGGUCCUGAUGGGGUUUGUUGUGAACACUGCUCUGUUAUUUGCCCAAAUAAAGAAAUUUUACAAGAUCAUUUAGAUAAGAAACAUAACUCAGGCACAUAUUCAUGUCAGUUCUGUACUCAGACUUUUGUAAGAAGAGCACAUGUAACUCGUCACAUGUUGCAAAAAGGUUGUGAUGGCCGGAAGCUUCGUGAAUUUUCUUGUGGUAUAUGUUCUGCAAAAUUUUCAAGAAAAGAUAAUCUUUUGGUACAUCUUCGGCUACAACAUAUCAUGAACAAAAGAUUUCAGUGCAAGAUGUGUGAUUUUUCAACAAAGAAUUUCUCAAAACUCAUUCUUCACUCACAAAGAAUACAUUUACCCAAGCCUUUACAAUAUGAAUGUGAUUACUGUGGGAAGUUAACAAAGUCUAGAGGCUCAUUGACAAAGCAUCUUGAGAUUCAUGGUGAUAAGAAAUAUGCUUGUGAAGUGUGUGGCUACAGCACAUACACAAUUGAGGUGAUGCGGCGUCAUACAUUGACACAUGUCGAGGAUAAGCCCUACAAGUGCAGUAUCUGUUCCAACUCCUUCAUACAGAAAGCCCAGCUUUUGAGACACCUUAAUCAACAUAUGGAAUUUGUUUGCAAUAUUUGCCCAAAACGCUUCAAGACCAGAGAGGAGGCCCAAAUUCACGAAGCACAGCAUGAUCCAAACGAUCUUUCAUGCCCAUUCGAAGACUGCAGUGAAAAAAAUUUUAAAAAUGAAGAACAUCAAUCCAUUCAUAUAAAAGAACACCUCCAAGCGUUCAAGUGCGAGGUGUGCGGCAAACCCUUUGAGAAGGAAAUCAACAUGCGUCGUCACGUGCCCACGCACGCUCUGGACCGUCCGCGUCGCUGCAUGUACUGCGUGAACGCGAGGGCGUACGUCAGGGGCGAACAUUUGCUUCGACACGUGAGGAAGCACCACGCGGACGUGUUCAUGCAGCGCUUGAUGCACGUACGGAGUGUGCUCGGGUCUUACGCCACUACGCCUCGUGUGACCACGCCCCGUGUGUCGAAGUCCGAGCUAGAUGCGAUCUUGAACAUGUUAGAUGCGGAAUCUGACCGCAUCAUCGAGGACUACGGCACUGGCGUACUGUACGGAGGGCUGCAGGAUAUCAACGAUCAAAUUGAGAUUGAAUUACCGAAGAAUGAACCAAAUACGCUGCUGAGUGAAGAGGAAUUAAUAGAAAAUCUCAAAGAGCUUUUGUCCAAACUUAUUGAUCAAGAGUUGCUCGAGGCAUUUGGUUGGCCAGAUCAGCCUAUUGAAGAUAUAUUAGAGAAGGUGAUAGAAAACUGUGGGGCACGCCCGGCCGAUCGCGAAAAGUGGUCUCGAGUUCAGUGCCUGCGGGAAAACACGAAGCAUCUGUUUAUCUACGUGGUCGAAGACAAGAAUAUUGCUAAAAUGCUCGGCACACACACUAUCGAUCAGGUUAUUAUGCACAUACUGCAGCAAGUCAGUGACAAUGUGUGA